AUGAAGCGUAACCUUGAGGAGGCCUACGAACAGCAUCUCGAGUACCUCCUUAAAGGGUCCAAAACCAGGUUCGUGCAGCCCUGGGACAGGUCCCAGAUUCUCAACCCACCAAGCAUCCUGCCAGGCCUCCCUCCCUACCAACGGUGGGGCGUCGGGCUCUCGAGUGCACCCUUGGGGUCUUCUGCUCCCCUCCCCACAACACCUCCUGUGCCGGCCCCUGCGCCCAGUAUUCCGUUUGCAAAGUCCAAAGGGACCCCUUGGCAUGCUAAGCAGACAGAAAGCAGAUCCGCUGCCAUUGCCAAAUGGAGUGGCAUAAUGCUGGCACACGGCGAGCACUUCGGGGUCGUGGAGAAGAUUGCGGUGGAUGCAUCCGGUGGUGAACCUCAGCAGUUGUCUUCGGUUCUACUUGACAUUUUUGCUUUGAAGGCGAGCGCCACCCUGCAUGGCCGAGCGGGGCCAAUUCUCAGGUACUUGAAGUUCUGUAAAAGGGAAGGCCAGCCGCCUUUCCCAUUCAGGGAGGACCUUUUGUACCGCUUCGUCAAGGAGUACUGCGCCAGGCAAGCCCCUACUUUCGCUCGCAGCUUCCUGAGUUCGGUGGCUUUUUGUCGGCAUGUCCUUGAAUGUAAGUUUGAAGAUGUGUUUUCGACCCGCUUGACUGGUGCUUGCAACGCUCUGUACUUGAACAAGAGAAAGCAGGUUCAGAAGCCGCCGCUCAAGGUCUCACACGUCAAGGCCUUGGAAAGGAUCGUCACCGGCUGGGGUGACUUCAGUGGGUCGGACAGAUAUGCUGCCGGAUGUUUCCUGUACGCCACCUAUGCUCGUGCGCGGUUCUCCGACAUGCAAAACAGUGGCGCUAUCACCAAGGAUGUUACCAAUCUGCCCGAUGGUGGAGUCAGGGGCUUCCUUGAAGCUUCUGUGUGUCGAACGAAGACGGCUUACACCCUCGAGCGGAAGACGCGUUACCUUUCCAUGUGCGCCCCGGUUCAGGGCCUUCUCGAUGAGUCGUGGGCGAUUGCGUGGUUGGACAUCGCCGAGCUUUACGGCCCAGGCUGGUCUGAGGACUCGCCCCUCUUGCCCGCCCCCAUGGACGGGGGGGGUUGGGCCUCAUCGCCGAUUGCCGUUGGGAUGGGAGCCAAGUGGUUGAGGAGCUUGCUGUAUAAGGCUGGGGAGGACGUUGCUACAGUCAAGCUUCUUGGCACGCAUUCCAUGAAGGCCACUGGCCUCAGCUGGGCUGCAAAAUGGGGGGCCAGCAAGGAAAUUCGCUUGAUUCUGGGGUACCACAGUGCCUCUCGGGCGGACAGCGACGUCGUGUACGGCAGAGACAACGUCGCCCCGGCACUAAGGCAGUUCGAUCAGAUUCUGGAGGACAUUUCCUUCGACAAGUUCAGACCCGACUGCACAAGGUCAGGGAUGUUCACACCGGAGCGCCCGGCUGCACCCGAGGCCCCCCCGGAUGACGUCUCGGAGUCAACAGAAGGCAGUGAAGACGAGGAGCAUCCAGACUUGGAAGAAGAGGAGCAGGCCGUCGACGAGCUUGUUGGUCCGUGGCAACCCGAGCCUGGCUUGAGGGAACGGAGGAUGGCCGCUUCUUACUCGGACAGCCAGAGUGUCUUCAAUGCGAGGGUAGAUGCCAGCGGACUCACAAAGGAGGAUGCCACGAAAAUCAAAGCCGCGGUGUCUUCACUGAGACAGCUGGCGUUCAUCUCCAGCUUCACCCCAGGUCAAGCCGAUGAAUCCCCGUUGAUGGCCGCACUGAAGCUCAUGCUUGGGAGGGAUGCGGAACUUGGUGUCCAGGCCAGCUUCCGAGCCCUGUACCACGAGUCCUACGCCGUUGUCACUUCUGAGCUGCGCCAAAAGAUCGAGAAGUCUGAAGAGCCAGCAAGCAGGCGCUUGACACAACCCGAGCGAGCCGAGAGGUUCGAGAAGCAGAAAAAGAAGCUCGUUGGAGUCUCCAUCAAGGGCUUGAGCGAGCCUAGCGAGGCCUUGGUAGACAGGGCCGUGGCUUGCUAUGAAAACAACGAACUGCGCUAUCUGUCUUGGGAAAUAUGUACUUCAAGGGAGCAAGAAGUGGGCUCAGACCGACGCCGUGACACCCGCUUCACCGUCGACGAGCACACUGGGCGUCUGAAGGUUGAAAACAAGGAUGCGGAGCAGAAAGCGGUCACAUCUUCCGAGGUUCAUGUCAUGCAGGCGUUGCAGCGUCGCUCCCUUGCCAUGGACCAAGCCAACCUUGUCGAGUACGCGACCAUGCAACAGUGGAGUGAUCGUUUGAUGCGUGCACGCAUGCAAGAAGCCCCGGCUGGGUAUGUUCGGCCAACCUGGGCCCAACUCGUGGCUGCAGACAAGAAGCUCUUCAGCGAGUUGCGGGACUUGACCCGUGACGGAGUGCAAUCCUCUGGUGGAGCCAGGCCCUUGGACACGCACCUCCCAACUGUCAUGAAUUCUUUCGAUGUCGUGUGCUUGAUGCAGCCGCUUCCUUCUGCUUCUUCUCGAUCCCUUGAUGAAGGGAAGGAGUUGGAGCGACCCGAGCGCCCCGGUCCCUACGGCCCCCGCAAGCCUCGCAAUCCCAAGGGCCAGGGCAAGGGCAAAGGAAAGUCCAAAGCUCCCGGGAUGCCAGCGCAAAUGGUGGCGUGGGGGUGCGUGUCUGCCACGAAGAAAGGAAAUCCGUACUGCUACGGAUUCCAGCUCGGCACGUGUGCCAAUGAGGUCAAGAACAAUGCGUGCCAGAGGGGCCUCCACGCAUGCGCCAUCCCGAAGUGUGGGCAGCAUGGCCACGGCGCUUCUGCUUGCCCGAAGCGGAGCAAGGCUCAGUCGGAGUGA